AAGCCCCGCAUCCCAGAUUGCACUGCGAGGGUGGAGUCUGGCUGUUCGGUUUUUUCUGCUGUUUGUCGCCCCUUUUUGUAUGGAACUGGACUUGUAGUGUGGAAAGACGGCCCUUCAGGGACUGGACUUGAGAAUAAGCGAGCCCAAGGAGAUCAGGAAGGAUUUCAAGGGGACGGGUGUGAUUGCAGCAGUCCACUCUAUUAGUUAACAGCAAGGUUUAUCCAGGCAGAAAAGUCAAGAAGAGCCUAACUUUUGUUUUCUGCUGAUCCUCAACAAACUCUAUGAAGGUGCCGCUGGCAGUAGUAGAAAUAUUGGAGUAACACAGUACAGCGGUGCAUUGACUGGUUAACUACAGGUGAACCUCUUGUUGGUGCUGAUUGCCCCUUCCAACUUCGUGAGAGGCACGGAUUCAGCACUCAAGAAAAAUGGGCUUCCUGUUGGAUUCAACACCUAUUUGUCUGUUGCUUUUUGUGCUAAGUAGGACUACAGUUCUGGGACCCCUGUUUGCACAGGCUGCCAUGGACGAAUGUACUGAUGAAUCCGGUCGCCCACAGCGUUGUAUGCCUGAGUUUGUAAAUGCUGCUUUCAAUAUGACUGUGGUAGCUACGAACACCUGUGGCUCCCCGCCGGAGGAAUAUUGUGUACAGACUGGCGUUACUGGUGUCACCAAGUCAUGUCAUAUCUGCGAUUCCCGGGAUCCACGCUUGAUGCACGGCGCUGUUUACCUGACCGACUACAAUAAUCAAGCGGAAACCACGUGGUGGCAGAGUCAGACCAUGUUAGCAGGAAUCCAGUACCCUAACUCCAUCAACCUGACCCUGCACCUGGGUAAAGCCUUUGACAUCACGUAUGUACGGCUCAAGUUCCAUACCAGUCGUCCAGAAAGCUUUGCCAUUUAUAAGCGUACCACUGAAGAUGGGUCAUGGAUACCUUACCAGUACUACAGUGGGUCUUGUGAAAAGACAUACCAGAAACAAAGCCGUGGUUUUAUCCGGUCUGGUGAGGAGGAGCAGCAGGCACUUUGCACAGAUGAGUUCAGUGACAUAUCUCCUCUUACUGGUGGUAAUGUAGCUUUUUCCACAUUGGAAGGCAGGCCAAGCGCCUACAACUUUGACAUCAGCCCCGUUUUACAGGAUUGGGUAACUGCCACAGAUAUUCGUGUGACCCUGAACAGACUGAAUACUUUUGGGGAUGAAGUGUUUAAUGACCCUAAAGUGUUAAAGUCCUACUACUAUGCCAUCUCAGAUUUUGCAGUUGGAGGAAGGUGUAAAUGCAAUGGCCAUGCUAGUGAGUGCGUAAAGAAUGAGUUUGGGAAGCUUGUUUGCAACUGCAAGCACAAUACGUAUGGGGCAGAUUGUGACAAGUGUUUGCCCUUCUUCAAUGACAGGCCCUGGCGAAGGGCUACAGCAGAAAAUGCCAACGAAUGCCAGGCCUGUAACUGUAAUGGAAAGUCUCAAGAAUGCUUCUAUGAUCCUGAGUUGUACCGUGCCACUGGUCAUGGUGGUCACUGUGUUGGCUGCCUUGACAAUACUGAUGGACCUAAUUGUGAAAGAUGCAGAGAUAACUACUAUCGCCCAGGACUUGAGCAUCGCUGUUUGCCUUGCAACUGUAACUCUGUCGGCUCUUUAAGUACCCAGUGUGACCGGAAUGGACGCUGCAGUUGCAAGCCUGGUGUGAUGGGAGAAAAGUGUGACCGCUGUCAGCCUGGCUAUCAUUCACUUACUGAGGCUGGGUGCAGGCCAUGUUCUUGUAAUCCCAGUGGAAGUACUGAGGACUGUAAUGUUGAGACAGGGCGCUGCACUUGCAAGGACAACGUCGAAGGUUUCAGCUGUGAAAGGUGCAAGCCAGGUUUCUUCAAUUUGGAUGCAGCCAAUCCCCGGGGUUGUAUGCCCUGCUUUUGUUUUGGUCACUCAUCAGUAUGUACGAACGCAGAUGGCUACAGCGUGCACACCAUAACCUCCACUUUCCAUAGAGGUACAGAAGACUGGCAUGCAGAGCGGCAAGAUGGUUCCAAAGUCCAACUCCAGUGGUCACCAAGCAGCCAGGACAUCUCUGUCAUUUCAGAUGAUUACUUUCCCAUAUAUUUUUUUCCACCAGGCUCCAUGAAGCUACUGACUACCCUUGGAGGCCCAGCCUAUCUCCCUUUGAGUUUCAAAAGCUUCUGCAGAAUCUGACUGCCAUCAAAAUACGUGGCACUUACAGUGAGAAGAGUGCUGGCCAUUUGGGUAAUGUGAAAAUUACAACAGCUCAUCAGGGACCUGGAACUCCAGCACGUUGGGUGGAAAUGUGUACCUGUCCUACUGGGUACUUGGGGCAGUUUUGUGAACGUUGUGCUCCAGGUUACAGGAGAGAGACACCAAGCCAGGGACCCUACAGCUCUUGCGUUCCUUGCAUUUGUAAUGGCCACAGUGAUUCCUGCAAUCCUGAAACCGGUGCAUGUGACUGCCGACACAACACUGCUGGCCUCAACUGUGAGAAAUGUAUUGAUGGAUAUUAUGGAGAUCCCACUGCUGGGACACCGAAUGACUGCAAACCUUGCCCUUGUCCUGAAGGUUCAAGUUGUGCUGUUGUUCCCAAGACAAAAGAAGUAGUGUGUACGAACUGCCCUACUGGCACCACUGGUAAGCGCUGUGAACUCUGUGACGAUGGGUACUUUGGUGACCCUCUUGGCAGUAAUGGCCCAAUUAGGCGCUGUAGGCUUUGCCAGUGCAAUGACAACAUUGACCCAAAUGCUGUGGGAAACUGUGAUAGGACAACGGGUGAAUGCUUGAAAUGCAUCUACAACACAGCAGGUUUCUACUGUGACAGAUGUAAAGAAGGCUUUUAUGGAAGUGCCUUGGCAUCUAAUCCAGCUGACAAGUGUAAACCAUGUAAUUGCUCCCCUUAUGGCACAGUGAAUCAUCAGACAAGCUGUAAUCAGGUAACAGGACAGUGUGAAUGCCUGCCUCAUGUCACAGAGAGGGACUGCAGUGCCUGUGUGCCUGGAUUCUACAAUCUGCACAGUGGACAUGGAUGUGAAAGGUGUGAGUGCAGUUCCAUUGGCUCCAGCAGUGGCCUAUGUGACUUGAGAAGUGGCCAGUGUGAAUGUCAGCCUGGUGUUACUGGCCGUCGUUGUGAGCGAUGUGAAGUUCACCAUUUUGGAUUUGGACCAGAUGGCUGUAAACCAUGUGACUGCAAUGCAGAAGGUUCACUAUCACUGCAGUGUAAGGGAGAUGGACGCUGUGAAUGCAAAGAAGGCUUUGUUGGAAUUCGCUGUGACCAGUGUGAGGAAAAUUACUACUACAACCGAACCCGGCCAGGAUGUCAGGAGUGCCCACCAUGUUACAGACUUGUUAAGGAUAAGGUGACAGAACAGCGUCAGAAACUGAAAGAGUUGGAGGAACUCAUUGCAAACUUGGGUACAGGAGAUGGUGCAGUGACUGACAAGGCUUUUGAAGAGCGGCUUAAGGAAGCAGAGCAGACUGUCAUGGAUUUGUUGCAAGAUGCAAUUAAUAGCAAAAAUGUAGAUCAAGGGUUGAUGGACCGUCUUGCAGAACUGAACAACACAUUGUCUGCACAGUGGGAACGCUUGAAAAACAUCAGGAAGGCUGUGAACGGUACAGAGGAGUUAGCAAGGCAGUCUCGCACUCGGGUACAGGAGACUGAGCAUGUGAUUGAGAAUGCCAGAAGAGAGCUGGAUAAGGCAAAGGCACUUGUUGCUAAUGUGACCAUAACACCACCAGAAUCUACCAGUGACCCAAAUAACAUGACCAUUCUUGCAGAGGAAGCUCGCAGACUAGCCACCAGACACACGCAGGAAGCAAAUGAUAUAGAGAAAGAUGCUAAGCAUGCAAAUGAAACAUCCACUGAAGCAUAUAAUCUAUUGAGGAACACCCUGGAUGGAGAGAAGGCAACAGCAAAAGAAAUAGAAGAACUCAAUAAAAAGUAUAAUGAAGCAAAAAACAUGGCCAAAGACUUGGAAAAACAAGCCAUCAAAGUCCAUGCUGAGGCACAGGAGGCUGACAACAAGGCUCUGCAAAUAUAUGCCAACCUGACUAGUUUGCCCACCAUUGACACAAAGGCUUUAGAGGAUGAAGCUGCAGAGAUUAAAAAGGAGGCUGAGGACCUAGACCAACUGAUUAAGAAGAAAGUAAAGGCUUAUGACGAUUUGAAGGAGGACCUGAAAGGGAAAGAGCAGGAAGUGAAGCAUCUGUUAGAAAAAGGAAAAACUGAGCAGCAGACUGCAGAUCAAUUACUGGCCCGUGCUGAUGCUGCAAAAGCUAUGGCUGAAGAAGCUGCUCGUAAGGGAAAUGCUACAUUACAAGAAGCCAAUGAAAUUCUCAGCAAUCUACGAGAUUUUGACAAGAGAGUGAAUGACAACAAGACUGCAGCUGAGGAAGCUUUGAAGAAGAUUCCUGCAAUUAACCAGACCAUUGCAGAAGCUAAUGAAAAGACGAAACGGGCUGAGGCAGCCUUGGGAAAUGCUGCAGCAGAUGCCAAAGAGGCCAAGAAAAAGGCAGAAGAGGCUGAGAAGAUUGCUAGUGGUGCCCAAAAAGAGGCAGCAAAAAUGAAAACAGAUGCAGACAACACUUUUACAGAUGCCAUGGGCCUGAAUGAUGAUGUUAAUGAUAUGCUGAAUGAACUGAAGAAGGCGGAAGAUGAACUUGCCAAGAAGAAUACAGAUGCUAAUCAAGAUAUGAUGAUGGCGAAUAUGGCUUCAGCUUCAGCUCAGGCAGCAGAAGACAAUGCAAGGAAGGCCAAGACCUCCGUUGCCAGUGUUCUUGAAAUGAUGAACGAGUUGCUUACACAGCUUGGCAAGAUGGAUGAUGUUGACCUGACCAAGUUGGUUGAUAUUGAAAAAACAUUGAGUGAUGCCAAAGACCAAAUGAAGAACAGUGAGCUAGACCGAAAGCUUAAGGAGCUAGAAAAUGCAGCAAAACUACAGGAAGAUGCAAUAAAGGCUUAUGAUAAAGACAUUACUGAGAUCAAGAAGGAUAUUAUGAACCUAGAAGACAUCAAGAAGACAUUACCCCAUGGGUGUUUCAAUACACCAUCUAUAGAGCAGCCAUAAACUCACAUCUUUCCUCAAUAUCUGAAGUGGCAGUUUUAAAUAAAUGCCCUAUUUUAUCGUGGCUUCUUCAAACCCGGACACCUACAGUGUUGGAAGCUGUUAUUUUGAAAACCAGGUCACAAGGUGCAUGGAACUAAAUGAAACCAAAACAUUCUGGGAUAUAAUGUGCAGCCUAUAUCACAUUUUCUCAUUAAUGCUCUCUUGAACAAGACACAAACAUAUUGUGGACUGUGUUUAUGAAUUGCAUUGACAGUUCAGUGCUAAAAAAAAACCGCUUCCUGUGAGUCAGAUGACUGCACCUCGUAAAGAAGCUGAUUUUUCUUUUAUUGUGCCUUUUUAUUCUUGUAUUAAAUCUUUAUGUAAAAAAGAAGUCACUGCUUUGUAACAAAUUAUCUAAGUUAGGUCACGCAUUUUUUAGUGAAGCUUUUGAUAUGAUUUUUUUAGCAGUGUUCAUAAGCUUUUCUGGUUCCCAGGUACUGUACUGCUUGAGCUGUUUCAAGCCCAUGCACCAUUUAUUUCACUCAAGUUUCCUUCUCCAUAUUAGAUUGCAUGUUGUGUACUGCUGACACAGUAUUUAUUUACAUUUCACGUAAUGUGUAAAGUUCAGUUUGGGUCUUCCUAUCAAUUUCAUUCCACUGAGACUGUAGUAGUCGAGUUUAAACAGUGGCAAAAGAGGAUAGUUUUGAAUGCGUACUUUGAAAAUUAUCCUUAAAAGCAAUUGUACAGAAAGCUGCCUGAUUAUAAGUUGCCUGGUUUUGUAGCUCUUUUAGAAAGAUGUUUGAUCACCCUGGUUGGUGGUCGAUUUAUUUGAAUCGCACUAAAAAAAGAAAAGGUGCUUUCAACCCUGCCAGUUACAAACUUUGUAUUUAACAUGUUGUUGUCCAUUUUUUGUCUUGGUUGCCAUUAAGUGUAACAGCUGUGGGACAUCAUUUCAUUUUACUGAUUUUCUGUAGAGCUGUCUCAGACAGCAGGUCAUUGUUUGUUUGAAUGCCCCACCAACAAACGACUCCCUGACAUUUAUUUUGGUUGUGACCCUCCUCUUUAUAAAGUAUUUCCCAGUGUCACCCUUGAAGUGUAACCCCUUCUCUGUUCUUUUGACCACCAUAGUGUGUCAAAUUAGACCUUAACUACUGAUUGUUUAUUCUUUUGUAACUGGCAUUCAGCAGCAGCACUGAUUCUACAGUUUUGACUAUAGAAAGGCCAUUUUUAACUUUAUUUCACAAAUGUAACUGGGGGGAAGAGCAUGCCUGGCAAGAAUGUCACACAGUCUUGACUUCUGCCACAGGCCAUGCAGCCAGUCUUGCAUGUUCUUUAGAGACUUAAGAUGACUGUCAGCUACUGGUGGAGUUUUAGUCAAGAUGUUUUACUAAAAAGGACAAAGAAAAUAUGCUGCUUCUCCCUUGAGAAGAAAAACAGAAGGAGACAGAGAACACAAAAGGAACCUCCCCAGAGAGGUAAAGUCUUGUCUAGUUAGAAAGCAGUCUUCCCUUUCUUUGUUAGUAUGUUCCCAGUGGUUUCCAUCAAUAUUAGCUGCAACAUUUUCUUUGGUGUCUUCGGCUGCUGCCUGUCCUCCCAGGUAACAAGUUAAGAUUUUAUGUGCUGAAUUGUUUUCUUUAAGCAUAAAUUCUUUUGAAAUCAUCUGUCGGGUUGCCUAUUUCAUACUGAAGACUGCACCUUACAGGUGAAUCCACUGACACUUUGAAUAACUGUUAUUUUUAAUAGCAGUUUGCUGCAUGUAACAACAGUGGAGGUGCACAGAACUUCAGUUUAGAAUUUAUUUACAUCAGCAAAACAUCUGCACAGCAAACACCAAAUAGCAAAAAUCAAAAAUGUAUUCAAAAGUCCUUCCAUACAUUUUGCUAUGCAACAGUGAGCAAGGUUCAUCUGGGAUUAAAUUAAUUGCAAAACAAAUAUAACCAAGUUCAGAAUCAUAUGAUUGAAAGCAUCUGGUAAAAUCUGUCAGUUGAAUUCAUUGGUUGUUUCCUUUAACAAAGAUGAUCAAAAUGCCUCAUUCAAACCUGGAUACCUGUACAUUGUGUACAUUCUGCCACAGUGCUGCUUAAAACAAUUUGUUACAAGUAUCCCUUUCCUUGUCAUUAAUCAAAAUAGUAAUGGCAUUAAACCUAAAUUUAUCACCUAUAUCAUUAAGGUGGAUAAGUUUAAACAAAACAUUACUCAAGUAUUCUUUUCAUCUUAUUUUGGUAUUCUUGUAUCCUUUUUCUAAAGCACGUUUUACUAUUCAAAACAAACCAAACCAACAUCUGUCUAAGUAAAUCACACAUUUUGUUGAACAGUGUAUGUUUAAACAGGAGCUUUCUUCUCAUAUUGGGAUGAGUGAAAUUUUGUCUUGUGUUUGUCAGUAAUAUAUUAUCAAGGCUAACAUUUACCAGAUUUAAAAGUCCUGUAUAUAUCACUAACUGUUUUGAUUUCCCUAAGUUAGAUGUGCUUUAAUAUUGUGGUUCCUCUUUUAUAAAUUAUCUCUGGUUUCUUAAUGCCUGUUUGUCUGAAUUUCCCCUUGGCUACUGUGCUCCAAGUGUUUUUGUAAAGUUUCUUGAACUUUUAUGUCUUUCAUGGAAUGCCAAGUAAUAAAAGCCAUGUGAAACCCAAGAAAACUUAAUAAACCAUUAUCAAACUUUCCAGUGUAAUCUGCACAGCCCACAUGCCCUAUUUUAUACUGCCUAUUGCAAGAUAUCCCAUAGUAUUUCAGUAAGAUAACCUCUGUUGCACUCUCCCUAAUUAUUUGAAACAUCUCCUGUACUUUCUAGUAAAUCUGAUGUCCUUAGGAGUGUUUUUACUGAUCCUCAUGAUCUGGCUUUUUGGUUAUGUUGUUUUUUAAAUUUAUCAUGCGAGUGCUUGAAUAAUGUAAUAACCCCAUUUCUCUGAACAUUCUUGCUAAGUGAAUGUGAUGCAUUUCAAAUUAGUGUGAUGCACAGUUACAGCCACAAAGAUCACUCGUGAUUGUGGUAUUAAAUGAAAAUGACAGUCACAUGAUACUGUUAUUCAUCAUUUUUUGAAAACCGUAUUUAUGUCUGUACAGCAAGCUUUCCACAGAAAGAAGGAGGUAUCAAAGGACAUUUAUAUUAAACUGCAUAUUUGCAAAGAUCUUAUAAAAUGUUCCCUUUCCCAUAAUAAAACAAAUACGUUUGCUGUGUUGGUGCAACAGUAGCACCUAUUGGUGUACCUCUGAUUUGUUUGUACCUUCCCCCUUUAAAAAAGAACAAGUUAAAUUCCAGUAGACCUUGUACCGGUUUUAAGGUCACCUGAAUUCUCCUUUCAGACUGUUUUAGAAACCCAUAUGUUUAUUAUUUCAUUGCUUGCAUGCAUUUUAGUGUAUUUUUUAAGAACUGAACUGCAGUUAGUAGUGGUAUAUCCAUUCAAACAGUGCUUUGAACCAUCUAUCAAUUAACAAAUCUCCAUAACAAUAAGCUACUUAAACUUGAAACUACUGUUACAAAGAACAAAAGCAGGAAAAUCAGAAUUUUAACACCAGUGUAACAUUGAACUUCCAGUUUAUAUUUCAGUUUCUUAGCUGUAUAUUAAUUUCUAAGUAUAGUGUUAAUACUAAAAUAAAGUGAGGCAGUGUUAGUCACAACCAACUUAAUCACCCUUAAAUGCUUCCAGAAAAUGCCCAGUAUCUUUUAAAGAGAGGUUGUAGAUCUCAUUAACAGAAGUUUCAUAACCCUGUCUUAAAACCUGAAAAUGAAUUGCGUUACUUAGCCAUGCCCUUGUGGCUCACAUAGACAGACUAGAGAAUCCUUAUGGAUGUUAAAAAUACCAGCAAUCUCAAUAUUUCUAACUUUAAAAAUUCAAACUUAUCCUGUGUGAUAGAACUUAUUAUUAACAAGUCACUAAGCAUGUCAUCCACAGAGCUUUCAUACUUUUUUACAGAUUUGUAUUUAACAUAUUAUAGGUCAAAGCAUCUGCAUUUUUACUUCAUAAACAGUGUGGUAUAAAACCAUAAGCUUUUGUUGACCUUUGUAAUGUCUAUAUGUCACACCCAGUUUUUGAGUUACUUAAAAGUGAUUUGCCGGUGUUACCUGCGUAGUGGCAUCUAGCAAUUUAAAUAUCACAGUGCAUUUUUUUCUGAGUCAUUCCUUAUGUAUUUGGGCUGUUUUUUAGUAAAAAGCUUCAAAAAAUGUUUUUAACAAGUCUUCGCCCAGAUACAUUUUACAGUAUAACCCUUGAUGAUAUUACCAUAGGGAUAACAUUGGAAUGCAUUCAUAGACUUUAAUGGAAGAACUACCAUACAUACAUGAUGGUGCAUCCAUUGAAGUCUGUAGAAGCAUUCAUUAAAGUCUGUGGAUGAAUCUCCACAAUAGCCCUGUAAUUGGUAUAAAGGUCAGCUGAGCCCUUUGAGAUGGCAUCAUACAAAAAUGUAAUUUUGUGAAGGCUUUACAUAACACCAGGGAAGUGUACAAAUACAAAGGACUGGAGGGAAAAUGUGUCAUGGUGCUGCAAGUACCACAUACUGUGGUGCAGAAAGUAUGUCAAAAAGUUCCUGCUUUAAGUUGUCAUAAAAAGUGACAUUUGAGUCAAGUUUCCUCAGAUCAUUUUCAUACAGUUUACCAAACAACAUGACAUUGGAACUCAUACAUGUCAUAAAAGUAGACCACUUUUUUAAAGACAUAGUGACAUUUUUUGUCAUCAGACAUCAACUUUAUUUUGUGUAGAAUCAAAUGUAAAUGAACAAGUGUCAGAAAUAUUCUACCUGUUCAAUGGGUAAAAACGCAAACCAUUAUUAGAGACCGACAGCUCAAGAUUUGACAGGUCCACUUAAUCAAGGCAUUCUGAUUAUUGUAACAUAAAACCUACUCUGGAUUUUAUUUUCUUUAAAAACACAUUGAUAAUGAAACAUGGCCUGCUCUGUCUUCACCACGUGACUUUUUCCCCCAGCAUUUAAUCCACCACUCAAUUGAAGUUGUGCUGCUGGUUAUUUCUCAUGGUGCUGUAAACCUAAUUGUAUAAUGGACUGUAUUUUGUUUGUCUUACUUUGUACUAUGUUUUGUGUACAUUUAACGUGUUGCCUAUGGCCAAAGAUCUUGGCUGAAAGGGGUCCAUUUGUAUCAGUCCAUUUACAUGGGUGUUUGAUGAUACAAACGUGUUAGAAUUGCAGUGAAACAUAAAUAAACAUGAAUUGUGCCAUUGUUAA